AGCCACGGAGGAGCGGGCGAAGGUGACGACUCUACAGAAACAGCCGCUGGCGUGGGCGUUGAGGGUGUCCCGGGAUUGUUGGAGUUGAGUCAUGCGGUGACUCAACUGACUCAGAGACUCGCUACACUCGAAGUCAGUCUCGAGUCACGUUUUCUGAGACUUGGAGAGACGAUGACCAAGGGAGACGCAUUGCUCGAGGCCCUCGGCGCCCGCAUGAGGAAAGUGGACACCCUGGUGGAGAAGGUGGAGGCCCUGGACACCCGACUGACUCAUGAGACAUCCUCCCUCCACUCCACACUGAGGGAUACUAAUAGAGACCUCCAGGGCAUGGCUACAAAGCUAGGAGCGCUGGAGAGCAAGGUCGAGGCGGGAGACGGGUCACGUCACGAAACCAGGUCACACCAGCAAGGAGCGGCACAAUUCGGCUCCGAAACCGAGAUUGCAGCACAGGUCAAUCGUCGUAUGAGCCAGUACUUGGACACUACCUUGCCGCUUCUCUUUCAACAGUCUAUGGAUCCCCUAUUCCUUAAAAUUUCCAAGAAGAUAGAGAAGGGCGUCGGCGAGCUGAUGGAGGCUUGGCAGCAGUCGCGCGAAGGGCUGGAGGACCUCGGGACGCAGACGCUGAGGGCGGCGAUGGAGGUGCGGGAGGAGGUGCAGGCGGAGGGGAAGAGGUUCGAGUCCGGCGUCCAAGACAUCCACGAGAAGAUGCUCUCCCUCCACCAGGAUCUCGUCGCCAAGUUGACGAGACCGACGCCAUCCCUGGGUGAACUGCGGCCUGUCCUUCAGCAGGUGAACCAGAGCGUGGCCCAAAGCGUGGCCAGGGCUGCUGCUGGGCUGAACGUGUCCUUGCUGGAGGAAGCGGCCAGGAGGAACGCAGGCGGGUCGGAUCGCACGGCGCCGGCGAGAGGCACGGGCGACCGUCCUUCGAGCCCCUCCACUGCCCGGACCCGAGCACCAUCGCUGCUCUCGAGGAGGUGAAGAGAUUACUUCAGACUGUUCUGAAGAAGAGCGAUGACUUGCGACGUGGGCUGACGAAGCAGACGAGUGAAGGCGUGGACCUCUUGAAGCUCCUUCACCAAAGGUUUUCUGUCCUCCUUCGGCGC